AUGGAGUACCAGGGGCAGACCGGCCACGCCACCGACAAGGUGGAGGAGUACGGCCAGCCCGUGGCCGACCACGGCGGCGCCACCGGCGGGCCCACGGGGACGCACGGCGCCGCCGCCGCCGCGGGUGCCGGGCAGCUCCAGCCGACCAGGGACGACCACAAGACCGACGGCGUCCUGCGCCGCUCCGGCAGCUCCAGCUCCAGCUCGUCUGAGGACGACGGCGCUGGCGGGAGGAGGAAGAAAGGGAUGAAGGAGAAGAUCAAGGAGAAGCUCCCCGGCAGAGCCCACAAGGACGCCACCGGGCAGCAGCACACGCCGGCGGCCGGCGAGUACGCCGGCACCGGCACCGGCACGCACGGCGCGGAGGCCACCGGCGAGAAGAAGGGUGUCAUGGAGAAGAUCAAGGAGAAGCUUCCCGGCGGACAGCACUAG